AAUAUUACUGUUGUUUUCUGUAUUUUUUGGUCAAAUAAAUGCAGAAAAUACUUGAAAACACAUCUUAGGCCUACUGAUCCCAAACUUUUGAACAGCAGUGUAUAUCCCCAAAAACUAAAAAAUAAAAAAAUAAUGUUUUUUAAACUUAUUCGAAUGGUUAGCUAACUGGGCUCCACCAAAGACCAUUUGGUUUUGGCGAGACGAACGUCAACCGAUUGCACCCAGAAAAUUACUGCCCUGAAAAUACGUGAAUAAUAUUAGUUUAAACAGGCUCAUAUGCAGUUAUACUUCUCUCCUUUGGGUGUCACUAUAGUUUCAUGUUCCCCAGGUAAUUAUGCUGAGGUGCGCUAAUGAAUCUUCUCAGUUUUCAGGUAGUAUCCAGGUCACAGAAAUGUAGACGGGCAUUAGGCUACUAGUGAGGGAGCAACGAACGGUCUCACAGCACUAACUUAAAUUCGCUCCUUUACAUUUCUGCCUUGGACAUCUCCACCGCAAAUGUGAUGCAGUCGCUCGCACAAGAAAUAAAAUCCUUCUCCAAAGCUAAUUUGCGGAAACAAUGCACCAGAGUAACGACUUUGAGCGGCAGGCGCAUUAUUGAGACAUGGAAAGGUUCCACUGUACAGGUGGUUGAGGAAACAGUACAGCCUGAAACUGCAUGUGGAUAUAUUCAGGAUAAUAACUGGGACCUUCAGGUUGGAUAUAUUAAACCAUAUCUAUUACUUGGGUCACAAGAUGCCGCUCAUGACUUUGGUACUUUGAGGAAAUAUAAGGUCACACAUAUAUUAAAUGUUGCGUAUGGUGUGGAAAAUGCCUUUCCUGACCUGUUCAUCUAUAAAACACUGAGCAUACUGGAUCUACCUGACACUAAUAUCAUAUCAUAUAUCGAGGAGUGUGCACAAUUUAUCGACCAGGCUAAAGCUGAGAAAGGAGUUGUACUUGUCCACUGCAAUUCUGGAGUUUCACGUUCUGUUUCGGUCGUCAUUGGAUAUCUGAUGUUGAAGGAAAAUCAGCCAUUUGGUGACACAUUUGCACUGGUGAAGUCAGCUCGACCCGCCUCGUGUCCGAAUCCAGGUUUCAUGGAACAGCUGAAAAACUUCAGACCGCAAGAUGCUACACAAGCAAACGGUUUGGGACACGCUUGAACAUUAUUUUACAGCUGCAUCCAUUCAAUUGCAAAGGGAUAGUUCACCCCAAAAUUAAAAUUCUGUCAUAAUUUCCCCGCCUAAUCCCAUUUAAAGCUUUGUUUUUUGUUGUUGUUGUUUUUUUCCAUUGAACCCAUAUGGUGAUAUUUAUAGAGAAUGUCCAAGCUGCUCUUUUCCGUGCAGUAAAAGUGAAUGGGGACCAUGGCUGUCAAGUAAGUUAUUUGAUGAAUGUUUGAGGUGGUUUAUUCCUCACACUUACUGUAGCUUAGAAUUCACAAAACAAAUAAUAUGGGUUUGGAAUGUGGAAUAUGAUGGUGGUAAAUAAAGACAGAAUUUUAUUUUUUUAUGAACUGACCUUUUAAAGCCACCAGUGCUUCCAUUGUAGUUUCAUAUAUGGCUUUGAUUUAACACUUUUGAAUUGUCAAAGGUGCUAAUAUGAAAAAAAGAAACAUGGCUGCCUUUCAGUCGAAAUUUGAAUUGAACUGGCUUCACAGGAUGUUGAACUGGAAUUUGAAUUGAAAAGACAGGAAGAGGAAUUUACUGAAUUGCAGUACAAAGAAAUUCACCAUCAAAGAAGAAUUGAAUUUCAUUAGUUCCCAUUCUCAGCCUAUUCAAUUUUGUUUGUAAUUUAUAUGUUCAAUUCAAUUACAAUUCUCAUCCUGUGUGCUACUUCGAUUUCAUUUUCAUUUUGGGAAUUUACAUACAAAAGUCAUUCAGAUCCAGACACUCAUUUCAUAAUAAAUUAAAUCUUCAAAUGAAUCUUAAAGUGUAUCAUGCGGUUAUUUUCCAGUUCUGUUAUGAUCAGCAGGCAUUUAGAAUCAACUUUCCAGAUAGUGACAUCUUGUGGUCAACAUUCACAUUUAGCAUUUUCAUUUUUCUGGAAAAAUAAUUAAUUUAUUAUUAUCAUUAUUAUUGUUAUUUGUUAUUUUUUUUAAAAUAAAGACCUGUUUCUUAUACUAAGUAACUUGAUAGCAGCUCAUUUUGUCCUCACUUAACAUCCUUGACCAGCAUCUGAGAUGUUAAGCUGUAAUUGUGCAAUAUACAGUAGUAUAUAGUAUACUGUAGUAACUUAAAAAUCAACCAAG